GUUUGGGUCAGUCUGUCGGAGAAGCUUGUCGUGUUCACAUCGGUUAUUCAGAGUUCUCAGUUAUCAGAACCAUUCCAGAAGCAAUCUUUUUCGUAUUUGAUUUACCUCAGCGGGGAUUUUAUUUACCAAGAAUGAUAAACAGCAAGAUAAGAGAGGACAAGUUGGAAACGCUUGUAUCGCGAAGUGCUGUGCCGAUCAUUGAUCUCGCCCACUGCGGCAAAUCCCUCGUCAAUCGUGUUGGCCAGCAACUGCAUAAGGCUUUUACCGAAAAGGGAAUUGCUUUCCUGGUUAACCAUGGUUUAGCAGAAGACAAGAUCAAAGCAGUAUGGGAUCAGUUCGACAACUUCUUGGAUCUCCCAGCAGAAAUUCAGGAUCGUUACAAGCGAAAAGAUGGAGUAAACUAUGGCUAUGUUAGUCCUGGAGUAGAGCGAUUCAAUGGAAUUACCCCAGAACUCCGACACACCUACAAUAUUUGCAAACUGGACGACAAGAAUAUUCCCAAAGAGUCUUUGCCAGAAUUCGCAGAAGAUAUAACGACUUUAUGCAACGAUUUGAAAACCAUUUCUUCGUUUAUACUGAAAGCCAUGGAGGUAGCCUUGGAGAUUCCGCCGUCCUUCUUUAUUGAUAAUCACUCCCAGAUGUUGGAGGGAGAUGAUUUGAACAUGAGCACCCUGAGGAUGCUGUACUACCCGGCCAUUGUCGAUGAUGAACCGGGUCAGAGUGAGGGCGCUAUUCGUUGUGGUGCGCAUGUGGACUAUGGCACCUUUACCCUUCUCGCCCAGGAUUCUGAAGGUGGCUUGGAGGUGCAGCUUCCGGGUAGCGAGAAAUGGGAAAGAGUGGGCCAUCUACCUGGAGCCAUACUCAUAAAUGGCGGGGAACUCCUAUCAAUUUGGACAAAGCAGCGCUACCACGCCUUGCCACAUCGCGUUGUUAUACCUGAACAGGAUCACAUACGAACCCGCGGUAGACAUUCCAUCGCCUUUUUCUGCCAUCCCAAUAACUCGACCGUGAUAUCUCCCACUGAUCUCUCGGGUGAAUCACACAGACCGAGUGAUGAGAAAGUAUACACCGCCUAUGAACUGAUACAGAAAAAGUUUAAUGACACCUACGGUCAGCGAUCUCAAUAAAUCAACGAAUCUGGGCCAAAAGUUUAUAACAGCUCUUGCCAUAUGGAAAUGAUUAAUUAUUACAAUUAUAGCAAAUUGUGUCUUUUUUAUUAAGUAAAGAUGAAAUUUAUAGUUUUUGAUAUGAAAUAAAUUAUGGCAUUUGAAAAUAGAAAA